UCCUCCUCCAAUCAUCGCGGCGACGCAUCAGCGUCAUGGCUGCUCGUCGCACGCUCUUUUCAGCAUCGCAGUUGCGCUUGAGACCAGCAUCGCUAUCAAGAGGGCGUCAAUUCGCCUCUGGGUCCUCACAGCCCACUCCGCCGCCCUCGUCAUCGUCCGCCUCCACCACGAAACGAUACGAGAAGCAACGCCGCAACGAGUGGAUCGUCAUUGCCGUGUCAGGAGCAAUUGCGGCGGGCGGAGCCUAUUAUUGGACCAAUCGACCCAAGGACGUGGACGACAACGUCUUUGCACCUCCAUCUUCCCCUGAACCCUCCUCAUCGUCUCGCAACUUUUCCAUUACCGUUCGGCAUCCUUCAACAGGCGAGAGGAUGACCAAGGUCUUUACCAUGCUGUCGGACUCAGAGUCCACCAAAAGAUUGCGACAGAAUGAGCGUGUGGUGGACGUGCAAGAUGCAGGUGCCGUCUCCCGCUACUACGUCAACAGCGUCGCAGCCAACGCUCCCAUAGAAGAUCGCAGCUCGCAAGCCAUUCUACCCCACGCCAACUCAGCCUCAGCCGCUGCCUUCUUUGCGGUCAUGGACGGUCAUGCCGGCUGGGACACUUCUGAACUCCUUUCCAAGCGCUUGAUCCCGGAAGUCGCGCUACACAUCGACGCGGCGCAUCGUCUAGCGGAGGACCGAGCUCGUAAUCCCGGCCUCGCAGCGAAGAUCAAGGCGGCUCUCGGCGCAGGUUCUGGCAGCGAGGAGGAGAUUCGCUCGGGCCUAGUCAAGGAAGCCAUUUCGACGGCAUUUCUGGGCCUGGACAAGCGUAUAUGCGAGACGCCCAUCGAGAUGCUCAAGCGCGGCGGUGCUGCGUCAGAGGGAUACCAGGCCAUGCUCCCCGCGCUAUCGGGUAGCUGCGCGUUGCUCACCUACGUCGACUCGGCGCGGGAUACGGUGUACGUUGCUUGCACGGGAGACUCGCGGGCACUGGCAGGCUAUCAGGAUGCGAAGACGGGGCAGUGGAGUGUGGAGCCGUUGAGCGAGGAUCAGACGGGGAGAAACAUCCGCGAGCAGGAGAGGAUGCGGCGCGAGCAUCCUAUCGAGGAGGCGGACCACGUCGUGAUGAGGGGUCGAGUGCUCGGCGGGCUAGAACCAACACGCGCGUUCGGAGAUGCACGCUACAAGUGGGAUCGCGAAAUGCAGGCCAAGCUGCGAGAGGCGUUCUUGCCUGCAGGAAGUGGUGGGAGAGGCCCGCCUCAGCUGCUCAAAACCCCGCCGUACGUGACUGCGCGUCCGAUGAUCCAGAGCCGCAGAAUUGCAGCGGAUGGCAAGCAGCUUCGCUUCAUUGUGAUGGCGACGGACGGGCUGUGGGAUAUGCUGAGCAAUGAGGAGGUCGGGUCGCUCGUCGCGGGGCAUCUGUCGGAGGUCAAGGGACGAGUCGGGAAGGAAGAGCUGGAAGGCAAGGUCUUCGGCAAGGCAGCGGCACCUGCGAUCAGCGACCAGCAGGCGGUCCUCUCGUCGUCGCACCACCCGCUCGCUCGUGCUCAAGGCCAGCAAGUGUUUGCGUUCCAAGACGAGAAUCUCGCAACGCACCUCGUACGCAACGCGCUCGGCGGAGGAGGGGCUCAGCGCGUCAAUGCCUACCUUGCUAUACCGGCGGGCGAUGCAAGGCGGUACCGCGAUGACAUUACGGUGAAUGUCGUGUUGUUGGGCGAGAAGCAGGCGUCGCCGAGAGAAGCGAAGCUGUAAGACACGCGCGGCAAUGAGAGCAAAGUAGA